AUGGCUCCUGUCAUGAAAUCCAAGGCCCAAGACCUUCAACACGAAAUCCCUAUAUGCCAAGGGGAGCAUUGGAGGGAAGAUGCUCCGGUGGAGCUUGCUAACCUCGUGUCCGAGGGCUUCCGCAACGUACCAGAGGAAGAAGUCGUGGUGCUCAGCAAGUGCUUUCCCUCCAAGCGAACUGCUGGCUACGGCUACCUCAACGACCGGCGGGUCCUAAAGGUCUGCGGUGAGCCUGUGGUGAACCUACGGCAGAUGUACGUGCUCAUUCAGGAACUUCACCUGCAGCGUGCGUUCCUGGAGUUUUCUCUGCAAGCCCUUGGAGCCGAAGCGUACUGCGCGGUGGACACAGCGGCGGCGGAGUCGGUUACCGAGGAAGUAAUGCGAGUCUACCGCAUCCCGAGCAUGGCCUCCGCGGAUCUGCUGGCGCUGGGAAGCGGCAGGGGCGGCGCGGGAACAGAGCAAAUGCCUUGA